AUGGAUAAAGAAAAUUAUAGGGAUAAAAAGUAUCGGGACGACACUGUGUUCCAAAAAAUAAAUAAAAAGUUUUUAACGCUAUCCGAUGAGGAAAUCAGAAACAACAAUGAACAUUUGAAAAUGGUCGAAAAGGUGUUCAUUCCACUUCUGAAAAAGGAUGAAUUGUUUAACUUGUUGUUCAAAAGAAUCAUGUACGGUGGAAGUUUUUACAAAGGAACUCGAUUCGGCAAGCCGGUAGAGUUCGAUUUGGACUGUGUAAUAAAGUUACCGAUCAACUACAUGAACAAUAUUAAAAUCGACACCAACCAUAAAAAUUACGGUUUCGUAAGAAUAAAAAUAAAUACAGACGGACCGUUCCACCCCUCGUGGAUGAAACAUGCUAAAUUACUAUCCAAAUGGUUAACUGCGGACGGUUUUCUCGAUCAAAAUAAGUUUCACAGUUGGAUGGAGAGAAUCGUUACUUCGGCAUUUUCGAUGCAUUCCAAAACGACCAAUGGUUCAUACGAGAUUUUAUAUUGCGAUCGAAAGUACAUGAUAAUGCAUAAAAAAACUGGGCCGGCUUUCACAAUAAUUCUCCAAACCCCGGAUGGUGCCAGAAUCGAUGUUGAUCUCGUGCCAUGUUUGGAAUUCGAUAACCUACCGCUUGGCAAUGGAUACAAAAAUUUUAUUGGCAAUAAAAAAACUUGGAUGGCCGUAGCCAAACCAUUGUCUUUGGUGACUAACAGUAAUUUAUUGUGGAGACUGUGUUUUUAUGAACAGGAAAAAGAAUUUUUGCAGGGAGAUAUAAAACCCGUCAUCAGAAUGGUCAAGAAAUUUCGCGACACUAUGAAGUGGAAAAGUGUAGCCAGCUAUUACAUCGAGACAGUAUUUUACCACGAGCUGGAGAAGCACAAGCCCGAUUUAUUUGAUUUUUUGAGAGCGCCCAAGACGUAUUUGUUUAUGCUGGGAUUAAAAAAGCUGCAAUACCAUCUCGAGAAAAAGGAACUUCCUUACUUUUGGCACGGUAAACACAACUUAUUCAGUAAAAUGAACUCCUCUCAACUGGAGAGCUAUGCAAACCAUCUGAAAAAACUUAUUGUCAAAUUUGAUGAGAAUAUUUUAAUGGAUCGAUAUGUUCUAGCUGACCUAAAACUGGAGCAUAACCCAACUUUAAAGCUGAUGAAUCUUCAGUUGAACCAGAAGAUUCGCAAAAACCGGAGGCUCCAGGGGGCAAUAGAUUAUGCACUAGAUUAG